AAUGGAAUGAAAUGUUCGUCUCCUUUUUACAUUAUGAUAUAUAUAUAUAUACCCCAACACAUCCAUCUACUCAUUCUUAAAAAUUACGAAUGGAUUCAUUCUCUGAUAGACAUGAUUUCUCAUUAGUGGAUAGUCGUGAACGUCAACGUCAGCGUAGUGUUAAUCAAGCAUUUGCCGAGCUCAGAUAUAUCCUACCUACACAUCCACCGGAUAAAAAAUUAAGCAAACAUGAAAUUCUACGCCUCAGUAUAAAAUAUAUUCAUAUUUUAGAAACUAUUCUCAAGUAUCAAGAAGAGGUAGAAGGACGUUUACCUAUUUCAAGUAUAUCACAUAUUUGUACAGCAACAACAACAUCAUCGUCAUCAAAAUCCAAAUAAACAAUCAUUUUCAAAAUAUAUACUACUUAUAAAUAUUAAAUUAAUAUAGGAUUCUUAUGUUCAUGUGAAUUUAUUCUUAUUUCCUUUAUUUCAAUUACUAUCAAUAUUCUGCUGAGAAAACCA